AUGGGAAAGAAGUUAACAGCAUAGUAAAAGCUUUAAAAGCUUUAAGAAAAGAAAAAAAAGGAUGCUGAAAGAAAAGAAAUUUUGCUUGGCUUACAAAAAGGAGUCCAAGAUUAAAAAUAGAUCAUUGAAAAAAUGACUUCUAUAAAAGACAUGGGCCUCUAAAAUAAGAUAGAAAAAAAACUUGAAAAAGAAAGAAAGCAUAAAAAAUCAUUAGAGAUGAAAAAGGAAACUGAUGAUUCUAAAUUAAGUGAAGAAGAAGAAGUAGAAGAUUUUGAACCUGAUGUUGAGAAAAAGUAGAAAGUAGAAGAGGAUGAUGCUUAAAAUAAGUAAAAGUAAGCAUAGUAGCCCUCAGUAAAUAUAUUUGCUUAAGCAGAAUAUAUAAAUCCAAACAAAGAUGAAGAAGAAGAAGAAAGAUUAUAAAAAGAAUAUGAAUAAAAAUUAUAAAAGUAAAGGGAAAUAGCUAAUUCAUAGAUUUAGUUGGAAAACCAAGUUAAAAAACUUAUUCCUGAUCUCAAUUUUGAUACUUUUGAUGGAGCAAAAACCUCAAAGAGAGUUUUAGAAGAUCUUAGCACUACUGAUGAAAUGCGUAAAGAAAAGCAAAGGUUAGAAGAAGAAUAUUACAAAGAACCUGAAUAUGAUGAUUUUAUUGAAGACGAAUUAUUAAAGCCUAUAUUGUAAGGUCAAAAAAAAGUAUUUAAUACAAUAAACAGAAGCGAUGAAUAAGACAAAGCAAGAAAAAAAUUACCUAUUUUCAUGAGAGAAGCAGAUAUUUUAGAUGCAGUAGAAAAUAAUUUAAUUACUAUCUUAUGUGGUGAAACUGGAAGUGGUAAGAGUACAUAAACUGUUUAGUUCCUUUAUGAAGCAGGAUAUACUAAUAAAGCAGGACCUAAUCCUGGUAUGAUUGGUAUUACUUAACCAAGAAGAAUUGCAGCCAUAGCUUUAGCUAAAAGAGUUUCAGAUGAAAUGAAUAUGACAUUAGGUAAAGAGAUCGUCUAUCAAGUAAGACACGAACACUCUACUUUUAAUGAGGAUUCUGCAAUCAAAUUUAUGACAGAUGGUAUAUUAAUGAAUGAAAUGUGUAGUGACUUUUUAUUAUCUAAGUACUCUGUAAUUAUGAUUGAUGAAGCUCACGAACGUAAAAUUAAUACUGAUUUAUUAUUGGGAUUACUAUCUCGUCUUGUCAAUAUCAGAGCUAGACUUGCUCUAGAAGAAAGAAAGAAUGCUCCUUAAGAUUAAACUAAAUUUAAAUAUUAUCCUUUAAGAGUGAUUAUUAUGUCAGCUACUUUACGUGUUGAAGAUUUCACUUAAAAUAAAUACUUGUUGCCAAAGAAAAUUAAUGUAAUAAACGUAGAAGCAAGAUAAUUCCCUGUAAAUACUUAUUUUUCUAAAAGAACCCCUAAUGAUUAUCUAUAAGCUGCGGUAAAAAAGUGUUGUUAAAUUCAUUCCGAAUUACCUCCUGGUGAUGUUUUAGUUUUCUUGACUGGUGAAAGAGAAAUUAAAGAAUUUUGUAUUACUCUAGAACAACAAUUGAACAAGAAAAAGAGGGAAAUAGAUCUGGGUAAACACGAAUAAAAGGAAUACACUGAAAAAGAUUUCUUGCUUGAUGAUUCAGAUGAUGAAGAUGGAAAAGAAAAAAUGGAUGAAGAACAAGAUGAAUAAGAUGAAGUUUAAAAGAAGUUAGAUGAGUUAGAAAAUUAAGAAUCUAAAAAUUAAAAUUCUAUUUUUAGUUAAAAAAAGAAGUUACGUUUUGAAGAGGAUUAGGAUCAUGAAAAUUAAGAAUUUUUAAAAGCAGCAGAUGAAGAAGAAGAAAAAAACAGAGGAAUUAUUUAACACAAUCCCAUGGAAUCUGAAAAUUUAAAAGCUUAAAAGAAAACUUUUCUUCAUUUUAAAAUCCUUCCUUUGUUCUCAAAAUUACCACUUUAAGAACAAGAAAAGAUUUUUAAAAAUAAGAGUCCUAAUACUCGUCUUAUUAUAGCAUCAACAAAUGUUGCUGAAACAUCUCUUACUAUUCCAAAUAUUAAGUACGUAGUUGACUGUGGUAGAGAAAAGAAAAAAAUUUACUCAACAAAAGCAUCCAUUUCAAAGCAUGUAAUUAAGUGGAUUUCUCAAGCAUCUUGUGAUUAAAGAUAAGGUAGAGCUGGUAGAACUGGUCCUGGUUAUUGUUAUAGACUAUUUGCACCAUCUGUUUAUGCAAAUAUUUUUGAAAAGUUUUCUGAUCCUGAAAUACUUAGUAUGCCAUUAGAAAGUGUUAUUUUACAUCUCAAAGCCAUUGGCAUUUAAGAUGUUAUUAAAUUCCCUUAUCCUACUCCUCCAAGCCUCUUGAAUAUGAAGAGAGCUUUAUAAAAUCUUGUAAAAAUAAAAGCUCUCAGAGAUAAAAAUAUGGACGUCGACCAAGAAAUCGAAGAAACUAACAUAAAUGAAGAUGACAGAAUUGAUAAAAGUGAAAUCACUGAGUUAGGAAAAAUUUUAGCAUUCUUACCUAUAAAUCCAAGGUUUUCAAAAAUGCUUCUUUAAGGCAGAGCAGGAGGUGUAACUACAUAUGCACUCAUUUUAGUAACUGCUUUGACCAUUGAAGAACUGUUUUGCAGAGGAGAUUUCAGAAUUGAAGAGAAUCCUGCUGACAAAUUAAAAGAUGAUUAUUUAAAAGAAAAUGAUGAGUUGUAUGCAAGUGAUGAAGAUUCAAAAAUGAAUGCUAAAGAUAUUUUAAAAUAGAAGCUGAACAUGAUUUAAGAGCAAAAAGAGUUAAAGAAAAAGUUGGUUGAAAAACGUAGAGAAGAAAUUGCCAGAUUCAAAGAGUACUUCGAAAAGUUUAUGAUAGGAAAAAGUGACCUUUUCAUUCACAUGAACAUAAUUGGUGAAUUUAUUGAAAAAAUAUACAAGGAUAACCCUUCAACUAGCAAGAUUGAAGAUUACAUAUAUGAAUAUGCUAAAGAACGUCAUUUACAUCCUAAAGGAAUGAAAGAAGUUUAUUAUAAUCUCAAUCAAAUAUCAGAUAUUUUAGAGAGCAUUAUUGAUGACCCUGAAGAAAAAAAAUAAAUUUCUUAGGGUUUCUAACCUUAUGUUAAGCCUAAUGCCACUCAACAAAAACUAUUAUAAGAGAUAGUCAUAAGUUGCUUUAUUGAUUAAUGUGCAAGAAAAGUCUUUUAUUUGGAUGAAGAAAAUCGUAAAAAAGUAGCAUAUGAAUGUUUGGAGACAACAGAAAGAGUGUUUAUAAAUUCUACAUCAUUUUUGAUAAAAAAUUAGCCAGAUUUUAUCGUAUAUACUGACAUCAUGGAAACCAAAAAGAAAUAUAUGAACAAUAUUACAAUAGUUGAAGAUGUAUCUUUGCUUUAUAAAUACGAUUAUAGAACUACAAAUAGAAAAUUGUAAUAUGUAUAUGAGCCUAAGCCAUUUUAUUCUAAGAAAAAAAAUCAAUUGGUUAUUUUAGGUAAAUCAACUUUUGGCAAAAGAAAAUGGGAUCUUCCUACAUUUGAGACAACAUUUUAAGAAGAAAGUAUUGAAAAAUACUGUUGGUUUGCUAGAUGUUUGCUUGAAGGUUAGGUCUUAGAUUUCUUCAAAGCAUGCAAGAGCCUCUAUUAAUUUGAUCCUCAGAUAAUAAAAUCAUCUAAUUUAUAACCUAAAGUUUAAGCAAUCGUUAAUAAGCUUAAAAACAAUCAAAUUGAUAAUUCUCAAAAGCUAGUUAAAAAGUGGGAGUCAGAUAAAUCUUUCUUACUUCCUGAAGUUGCUUUGUGGAUAAAAGAUUAAUAUAAAGCUAAUAUAUAGAAGAAAUGGCCUCCUACUUCUUGA